AUGGGAAUGGCGGCCUCAGACUCACAGUUUCAUGUUCUUGCUGUUGAUGAUAGCCUUAUAGACAGAAAGCUCAUUGAAAGGCUACUUAAAACCUCUUCUUAUAUAGUUACUACAGUUGAUUCUGGUAGCAAAGCUUUAGAAUAUCUUGGUUGGCAUGAAGAUGACAGAAGAAACACAGAUGGAACUUCCGUUUCUCCUCAAAACCAGCAGGAAGCGGAAGUAAAUCUUGUAAUUACAGACUAUUGUAUGCCUGAAAUGACGGGCUACGAUUUGCUCAAGAAAAUCAAGGAAUCUUCAUCUCUGAGAAACAUACCAGUAGUCAUUAUGUCUUCUGAGAAUGUUCCCUCAAGAAUCAAUAGAUGCUUAGAAGAAGGAGCAGAGGAAUUUUUUCUCAAGCCAGUGAGAUUGUCAGAUGUAAAUAAGCUUAAACCCCAUAUGAUCAAAACUAAAAAGCAAGACAAAAGAGAAUCGACCCCGCCGCCGCCACCACUACUUUCACAGCCACUGCCUCUUCCACCACAAUCACAGCCACCACAGUUGCAGCAGCAGCCACCACAACUGACCGUGGCGCAGCAGCCGCCGCCACAACCAACCGUGGCGCAGCAGCAGCCACCGCAGUUGAGUAAUAACAAGAGGAAGGGCAUGGAUGAAGGACUUCCCUCCCCAGACAGAACAAGACCUAGAUACAAUGACUUAACUGUGGUGUCUAAUUGA